CAGUUUCGAUCUUUGAGGAAAGAAGCCGAGCAUUCUGGGAGAACUUAAUCAUUGAAACAUGGCGAUGCACGUUCCUAAGGCACCGGGCUUUGCCCAAAUGUUGAAAGAUGGGGCAAGGCAUUAUAGUGGCCUUGAGGAAGCGGUGUACAAGAACAUUGAUGCCUGUAAUGAACUGGCCAAAACAACUCGGUCUGCUUAUGGACCCCAUGGUCAGAAUAAGAUGGUGAUCAACCACUUGGACAAGCUGUUUGUGACGAAUGACGCUGCAACGAUUCUGCGUGAGCUGGAGGUGCAACAUCCGGCUGCCAAGAUGGUGGUCAUGGGCUCCCAGCAGCAGGAACAGGAGUGUGGAGAUGGCACCAACUUCGUCCUCAUCUUUGCUGGGGCACUCUUGGAGAAUGCAGAGGAACUUCUCAGAAUGGGUCUCUCUGUGACAGAAGUGAUUGAGGGCUAUGAGAUAGCAUGCAAGAAGGCGCUGGAGUUCCUACCGGACCUAACGAUCGGUGAGGUGAAAAACCUCCGAGACAAGGAGGAGGUGAAGAAAGUCGUCCGGACUUCAGUGAUGAGCAAACAGUACGGCAAUGAAGACUUCUUGGCAGAACUGAUCACAGACGCAUGUAUCUCAAUUCUACCCGAGAAGAGCGGAUUUAAUGUUGAUAAUGUCCGAGUGAGCAAAAUUCUGGGUUGUGGCGUGACACAGAGCUCAAUAGUUCAAGGUAUGGUGUUCAAGCGACUGGUUGAGGGGGAUGUCAACAAGAUGGAGAAAGCCAAAAUAGCAGUGUACUCUUGCCCCUUGGACAUCAUGCAGACAGAAACCAAGGGAACAGUUCUUAUCAAGACAGCGGAAGAACUUGUCAAUCUCAGCAAAGGGGAAGAAAACAUAAUGGAGGCACAAAUCAAGUCAAUAGCUGACGCUGGGUGCAAUGUUAUUGUUACGGGAGGGAAAGUGGGUGACCUUGCCCUUCACUACUGCAACAAAUACAAGAUCAUGACUGUGAGGUUAAUGUCCAAGUUCGACCUGAGGAGACUCUGCAAGACAGUCAAUGCAACAGCUUUGCCCAAAAUUACCCCGCCUACAGCAAAGGAGACAGGUUUCUGUGACUUUGUGUAUGCAGAUGAAAUCGGUGGUACACCUGUCAUAGUGUUCAAGCAGGACAAGGAAGAGAGCUCUAUUUGCACCAUUGUCAUCAGAGGGUCCACAGAGAACAUCAUGGAUGACAUUGAGAGAGCUGUCGACGAUGGAGUCAACACCUUCAAGGCACUGACGAAGGAAGCCAAGUUAGUACCGGGAGCAGGGGCUACUGAGAUUGAACUGGCCAAGCAGAUCACUACAUUUGGAGAGAGUUUACCUGGCUUGCAGCAGUAUUCAGUGAAGAAGUUUGCAGAGUCACUGGAGGCCCUCCCAAGAGCCCUAGCAGAGAACACUGGAGUUAAGGCUACGGAAGUUCUGUCUAAGCUGUAUGCAGCUCACCAGAAAGGCAGCAAAACCACCGGUGUGGAUAUAGAAAGUGGAGGUCCAGCCGUGUUUGAUGCGAAGGAAGCAGGGAUUAUAGAUCUUUACCUUACGAAAUACUGGGGAAUGAAGUUCGCCUCGUCAGCUGCAUGCACUGUACUCAAAGUAGACCAGAUUAUCAUGUCCAAGCCUGCUGGAGGUCCGAAGCCACCCAAACAGAAUCAGGACUGGGAUGAAGAUUAACAACAUCACCCUAUAGAGUCAUGCCGUCAGUUUUCAACAUUACCAUCAUGUCUGCCUUGUCUCAGAGGAUGUGACUGUGAUAACAACCAAUCUUCAAAAGGACUCCAUUGUAUGGUGUGUUAGGGGCCUGGAUGUAUUCUAGCCCCAGAAACUAAUGGACUUCUUUCAUCAAGAGUGCUAUUUCAUUGUUAAGUAAAACCAAAUUGUUUUGGUGACUAAUGAUAUUGUCAUUGGACACGUCACUUGAGUCACGUUUGCUCUAUGAAGACAUUAUUUAAGUUAUGUAACAUCCAUGUUUUGUCUGCUUUUUAUACUGUAUGCUAUAAACAAAUACCUCUCGAUCA